ACUUUUUGUAUCGGAGGAAUCAACAGCCGCCAUCUUGACGCGGCUCAGAAUCAGGAUUUCGGGAGAGCCUUAUUUUUUAGACCGAAACGAGCCAUUUAGACCGUGCUCAAACGGCUUUAUUCUGCAGAAAAUCGAAGUCUUUAUUCCUUCGAAGAUAAUUAUUGAGAAAAAACGAGGAUUGGAUCAAUUUUUGUCGUCUAGAGAGCCCCUCGUAUAUUUGAUUUCCCCUUCAGAGAGCGCCGCUUCUCCAUAUCUCUGUUCCGAGACGAUGUAUUUAUCGAGAGACAGUAGCGAGAAAAAUACAUCGGCGCAUACAAAAUAUUUUUGUAAAUUUCUUGUCUUUAUUGGAGGCGAAAAUUGAAUUUAAGGCUGUUCAUUUGGACCGGGAAAAGGCGCUUAUUUAAAGAUGCCUAUCUAGGGAUUUAUGGAGAAAGGGACUUGAAUCCACACUAUAUACUUUUUUUGCUAAUAUUUUAAUUUAUUUUUCGUGAACUGAAAUAUUUUUUGGCUAUAAUUAUUAACGAUAAUUAUGUGGGUGUUGGGUGUUGGAUUAUCAUGGGGUGAUUGUCAGCGGCGGAGCGUGGCGCUGUUGCCUUUAUUUUGAAACAUUCUACUCGGCUGACUAGUGCAAGCAUAUUUCUAUCUUGCCAGCUAGUUGGUUAAAUACCCCUCUAUACGUGGGGUGUGAGUAAGAAAGAAGAUUGUUGCCAUACAAAAAAUCUAGCUGGAAGGAGUCGAAUUUCAUUUUGCAUCAUUAUUUAGUGAUCAUUCUUACCGAUCACAAUGGCUGACAAUUUGCUGGACGUCGGACCUCCCAACGCAAAGCGACCGAAACUCAAUUCACCUGCUCUUUCAUCGUCAGAUGGUCCAGACCUGGUGUCGCUGUUCGACCUGGAGAAUGACCUCCCAGACGAGCUGAUCCCCAAUGGGGACCUGGGUGGCCUGAUGGGCAUGCCCUCCAACGGUGCCCCUGGCGGGGGAGGAGGAAUGCCUGGAGGAGGUCCCCGAGGCCUGGGCUCCAUGGUCCCUGACGCUGCCGCCAAACACAAGCAGCUGUCUGAGCUCCUGAGAGCGGGCGGUGCUGGGUCCGGUGGCAUGGGCCCCAUGAUGGGGAAAGUCCCCAUGGGCCAGGGCUCGCCCAACCAAGCCCAGAAAGGAAGCCCCGGCAGCGGACAACAAGGCAACGGCUCCAUGGCGGGCUUCAACCAGGCUAUGAUGAACAGCCAUGGACACGGGAUGCCGGGCCAGGUGAUGAACGGGGCCCUGGGGCCGGCAGGACGGGGCAGGCUGGGGCUGCAGCAGUACCAGGUCCAGGCCAUGCAGGGUGUUGGGGGGGGCGUGGGGCCGGGAGGCAGCAGUGUGCUGGCUGAGACUCUGGCUCAGGGAGGAGGGCAGAUGGGAGCUCACAACACCAUGAACGCCCAGCAGGCUAGCAACAUGAAUAAGAUGGGUAUGGCUGGCAGUCCUUUUGGGCAGCAGUACAGCCAGGGCGGGGUCCAGCAGCAGAUGGGGGUGAACGCCCAGCAGCAGCUCCGGAACAAGGCAGCCCUUGCCAACAGCCUGCCGCCCUUCCCCAGUGACCUGAAAGGGGCCAGCAGCAUGCCAAACCUGGCCCAGAUGCAGCAGGUAUCCUCCAUAGUCCCUGGCGGUGGGGUGUCUGCAGCGACGGCAAGCCACACGGCCGACCCAGAGAAGCGCAAGCUCAUCCAGCAACAGCUGGUCCUGCUGCUCCACGCCCACAAGUGCCAGCGGCGGGAGCAGGCCAAUGGGGAGGUGCGGGCCUGCGCCCUGCCACACUGCCGCACCAUGAAGAACGUCCUCAACCACAUGACACACUGCCAGGCCGGCAAGUCCUGCCAGGUGGCUCAUUGUGCGUCGUCCAGACAGAUAAUUUCUCACUGGAAGAACUGCACGCGGCAUGACUGCCCCGUCUGCCUGCCGCUGAAGAACGCCAGCGACAAAAGGAACCAGCAGCCCAUGCUGGGUUCGCCCGGCGCCAGCCUACAGAGUGCCAUCAAUGCCACGGUGGGCACGGGCCCUCCCGGCAGCUCCCCAGGUUCCUCCAUGAACAGUGGCGGUGCCAGCAGCGGGCACAUCGACCCCAGUUCCAUGCAGCGGGCCUACGCUGCCCUGGGCCUGCCCUACGGUAACCAGUCCCCUGCUCAGGGACAGGGAGGACCUGGAGGACAGAACACAGCCCAGGGAGGGCAGCAGCUACGCUCCAUCAAUGCACUAGGCACUAACAUGAACAUGGCCGGAGGAGGGGUGGGCGUGCCCUCAGAGACAGGCAUGCUCUCGGACUCAUCGCUCCCCUCGUCGCUCAACAAUCAGUUGAUGCCAGACGGGUUGGGCAUGGGGGGCAUGGGCAACCUGCCGGGCGCCAACCCUCUCUCUGCCUCGGGGGUGAGGAAGACGUGGCACGAGCAUGUCACUCAGGACCUACGCACCCACCUGGUGCACAAACUAGUACAAGCCAUAUUCCCCACCCCAGACCCCGCAGCACUGAAGGAUCGGCGGAUGGAGAACCUGGUGGCGUACGCUAGGAAGGUGGAAGGGGACAUGUACCAGUCUGCCAACAGCAGGGACGAGUAUUACCACUUCCUGGCGGAGAAGAUCUAUAAGAUCCAGAAGGAGUUGGAGGAGAAGAGGCGCUCGCGGCUCCAGAAGCAGCCUGGCCCCAUGGCAGUGGGGGGCCCAGGGGCCCAGCAGCAGCCUGGCAUGCCUCCUCAGCCAAACUCCAUGGGUCCUGGCCAGUCCCCACGGCCAGCCAAUGGAUCUGUGCCUAUGCCCAACGUGCCAAAUCAGAUCAUGCCUCGCAUGCAGGUGUCUCAAGGAAUCAAUCAGUUCAACCCCAUGGCGAUGCAGAACGUGCAGAUGUCCCAGGCGCCCAUGGGGGCCCGCGCCGCCUCGCCCAUGAACCACUCACAGCAGAUGAACAUGAGCUCUGUCCCAGCGAUGGGCAUGUCCCCAUCCAGGAUGCCCCAGGUGCAAGGCAUGAUGGGACAGCACGCCAACAGCAUGGUGGGACAGACAGCCAAUCAGAGCCAGUUCAUGCCCCAGAGCCAGUUCUCUCCCAACACCGCCCCUGGCGGGGGAAUGAUUAUGAACAACCUGGGCUCCCUCGGCCAGCCGCAAGCACAGGCAGCUGUCACUCAGCUGUCCCAGGCGCCAGCCAGUAUAGAUAACCGCAUGCCCACCCCAGGCUCGGUGGCAGAGGUCCACUCCCAACAGGCCCCACCAGACAUGGCCCAAACGGAGCACAAAGCCGAGCUCAAAGACGAGGACGAGGACGACGACUGUGGCUCGGGGAAAAGGCAACCCAGCGACUUCAAAAUGGAGCAGGACGAAGACCCAAAAGACACCAAACCCCUCACGGUCAAGGAGGAGGAGCCAGACGGGGCGGAGCCUAAGCAGGAGCCAAUGGAGACAAAGGAGGAGAAGAAGCUGGAGAUUAAGAACGAACCCAAAGAGGAGGAGGAGGGCAGGGCCAACGGCACGGCAGCAUCCACCUCCCCCACCCAAAACCGCAAAAAAAUCUUUAAGCCAGAGGAGCUGCGCCAGGCCCUGAUGCCCACACUAGAGGCCCUCUACAGACAGGACCCAGAGUCUCUGCCCUUCAGACAGCCUGUUGACCCCAUGCUGCUGGGCAUCCCCGACUACUUUGACAUAGUGAAGAAACCUAUGGACCUGUCCACUAUAAAGCGUAAGCUAGACACAGGUCAGUACCAGGAACCCUGGCAGUACGUGGAAGACAUCUGGGUCAUGUUCAACAACGCCUGGAUCUACAACCGCAAGACGUCCCGCGUCUACAAGUACUGCUCCAAGCUGGCCGAGGUGUUUGAGCUGGAGAUAGACCCUGUCAUGGUCAGCCUGGGCUACUGCUGUGGCAGGAAGUUUGAGUUCUCACCCCAGACCCUCUGCUGCUAUGGCAAGCAGCUGUGCACCAUCUCCAGAGACGGAACCUACUUCAGCUACCAGAACAGCUCACCCAAAUAUGGCCUUGUUGCCGACAGGUAUCACUUCUGUGAGAAGUGCUUCAAUGAGAUCCAGGGCAAUAGCGUCACCCUGGGAGACGACCCGGCACAGCCACAGACUAUGAUAUCUAAAGACCAGUUUGAAAAGAAGAAAAACGACAUGUUGGAUCCAGAACCGUUUGUUGAAUGUAAAGACUGUGGACGGAAGAUGCACCAGAUCUGUGUGCUGCAUUAUGAUGUAAUCUGGCCAUCGGGCUUCAUUUGCGACAUCUGUCUGAAGAAGUCCGGCAAGACGAGGAAAGAGAACAAGUUCGCGGCCAAAAGGCUACAGACGACGAGGUUGGGCAUGUACAUCGAGGACCGGGUGAAUAAGUACUUGAAGAGGCAGAACCACCCUGAGGCCGGGGAGGUGUUUGUACGGGUGGUGGCUAGCUCCGACAAAAAUGUUGAGAUCAAACCUGGCAUGAAAUCUAGGUUUGUGGACUCGGGUGAAAUGCAGGAGACCUUCCCUUACAGAACCAAAGCACUUUUUGCAUUUGAGGAGAUUGACGGUGUGGACGUGUGUUUCUUCGGUAUGCAUGUCCAGGAGUACGGUUCCGAGUGCGCCUUCCCCAACACCAGACGGGUUUACAUAUCGUAUCUGGACAGUAUUCACUUCUUCAAGCCCCGGGCGUUGAGGACGGCAGUCUACCAUGAGAUCUUGAUAGGGUACCUGGAGUACGUCAAGAAACUGGGCUAUGUGUAUGGUCAUAUCUGGGCGUGCCCCCCCAGUGAAGGGGACGACUACAUCUUCCACUGCCACCCGCAGGACCAGAAGAUCCCCAAGCCCAAGAGGCUGCAGGAGUGGUACAGGAAGAUGCUGGAGAAGGCCUACGCAGAGAGGAUCCUCCAUGAUUUCAAGGACAUCUUCAAGCAGGCCACGGAGGACCGUAUUACCAGUGCCAACGAGAUGCCCUACUUCGAAGGCGACUUCUGGCCCAACGUGCUGGAGGAAAGCAUUAAGGAGCUGGAGCAGGAGGAGGAGGAGAGGAAGAAGGAAGAGAACGUGGCGUCCUGCGAGACCCCGGAGCACACUGCUGACAGCAAAAACGCCAAGAAGAAGAACAACAAGAAGACCAAUAAAAACAAGAGCAGCGUGAGCCGAGCCAAUAAGAAGAAGCCUGGCAUGCCCAAUGUAGCCAAUGACCUGUCCCAGAAGCUCUACUCCACCCUGGAGAAACACAAGGAGGUGUUCUUCGUGAUCCACCUGCACGCGGGACCCUCGGUCAACACCCUCCCCCCCAUCAUGGAUCCAGACCCCCUGCUGACCUGCGACCUGAUGGACGGCCGCGACGCCUUCCUCACCCUGGCCCGGGACAAGCACUGGGAGUUCAGCUCUCUGCGGAGGUGCAAGUGGAGCACAAUGUGUAUGUUGGUGGAGCUGCACAACCAGGGCCAGGACCGCUUCGUCUACACCUGCAACGAGUGUAAACACCACGUGGAGACGCGCUGGCAUUGCACCGUCUGCGAGGACUUUGACCUAUGCAUCAACUGCUACGCUGCCAAGGGCCACGAGCACAAGAUGGUUAAGUGGGGCCUCGGGCUGGACGACGACAGCAACGGAGCGGGCGGUGCCGGGGGCGAGGCCUCCCAGAGUCCCCAAGAAUCCCGUCGCCUCUCCAUCCAACGCUGCAUCCAGUCCCUGGUCCACGCCUGUCAGUGCCGCAACGCCAACUGCUCGCUGCCCUCAUGCCAGAAGAUGAAGCGCGUGGUGCAGCACACCAAAGGUUGCAAGCGCAAGACCAACGGUGGCUGCCCCGUGUGCAAGCAGCUCAUCGCCCUGUGCUGCUACCACGCCAAACACUGCCAGGAGAACAAGUGUCCCGUGCCCUUCUGUCUGAACAUAAAGCACAAGCUGAGGCAGCAGCAGCUCCAGCACCGCUUACAACAGGCUCAGAUGAUGAGGAGAAGAAUGGCCACUAUGGCCGGGCGGGGCAUGGCACCUCAGAGCCUGCCGUCGCCACCUACCUCAGCCACCCCCGGCACCCCCACCUCGGGCGGACAGACCCCCAGCACGCCCACCCACACCCCCCAGCCCUCCUUACCCAUCAGCCAGCCCCAGCAGCAGCCGCCCCCCAACGUGACAGCCGGCAUGGCCCAACAACAACCCGGCUUUCCCAACAACGGGCGCACCAGCCAGCCGCCAACGCCCGGUUCCACAAGGGGAAAGCCAGGGCCCCAGUCUUCCCCCCUACAUCAGGUGCAGUCGCCCCUGCCCAACAUGCCCCCCCAACAACAACAACAGAUUCCCCAACAACAACCGCCCCCGCUGGCUGCUCUGAAGAUGGCCCGGCACAUAGAGAUGGUGGCCAAGGCCAAGCAGCAGCAGCAGCAACAACAGAACUACAACAUGAACAUGCCCAACGGUGUGCCCAUCAACCACCCCCGCAUGGUGGGGCCUAUGCAAGGCCAGAUGGGGCCAGGGCAGAUGCAGCAAAUGAUGGGGCCCCGGGGCCCCCAAGGGAUGCAGGCCAUGCAGCAGGGCCAGUGGGGCCCCCAGGGGGGGAUGCAGCAGAACCCCCUCCAGAACCCCCAAGCGGUCCAACAACAGCAGCAAGGCCUACCCCAGCAAGGUGGCCCCAUGGCCCCCCAACAGGCUCAGGGAAACUCCACUCAGUUGAUGCAGCAGCGGCCCAUGAUGCAGCAGCAGCCUGGCCUUCAGAUGCCCGGUGGGGUCCACAUGCCCCCCCAGGGUCCCCCUCAGCAGCAGGGCAUGACGCCCCAGCAACAAGGGGGCAUGCCCCGGGGCAUCCCGGGAAACAUUGCCCCCAAUGCCCUGCAGGACCUCCUGAGGACCCUCAAGUCGCCCAGCUCUCCCCAGCAGCAGCAGCAGGUGCUCAACAUCCUCAAGUCCAACCCCCACCUCAUGGCCGCCUUCAUCAAGCAGCGCACAGCCAAGUACCAGGCAAGCCAACUACCGGGCCAGCAGCAGCAGCAGAACCCCCAACAACAACAGCAGAACCCCCAGGCGAUCCUGGGAGGCCAGGCUGGGAUGCAGGCCAUGGCUGCUGCCAUGCAGGCUGGGGCGGUGCAGCAGAGGCCGGGGGUGGGCAUGUCCCCCCAGCAGCAGCAGCAGUCUGGCCCUCAGCAGGUUGGUGGCCCCCAGGGUAUGGCCGCCAUGGGCCCACAGGGACAACAGCUGAUGAACGCCACCGCACACAACGGCAACCCCCAGCUCUACCGCAGGCAGCUGCUCCGGAUGCAACAGAUGCAGCAGCAGCAGCAGCAACAACAACAGCAAGGAGCCAUGCCCCAGGGCCUUCCAGGCCAGUUCCCCCAGCAGCAGGGAGGAGCAGCCAGCUACUCCCAGCUCCGCAUGCAGCAGCAGAGGGCCAUGCAGCUCCCUCCCAUGGCCCAGAUGGGGCAGCCCGGCAUGGGCAUGGAUGGGCCCCAGGCCCAAAACCUCCUCCAGCAGAGGAUGCUCCAGCAGCAACAGCAGAUGCUGAAGCAGCAGAUGGGCUCUCCAGCCCAGGCCAACUCCAUGAGCCCCCAGCCCCACAUGCUCCAAGGACAGCCCCAGGGAGGAGCUCACCUGCCUGGCCAGGCAAUGGGCAACGCCCUGGGCAACCAGGUUAGGUCUCCAGCCCCGGUGCAGUCGCCCCACGCUCCCUCACAGCCGCCCCCACAUUCCAGCCCCUCCCCCCGGAUACAGCCCCAUCCCUCACCCCAGCACGCCAACCUCCACUCCGGCUCACCCCACCCCAGUCUGGGCGGCCUCAUGCCAGGCUCCAUGGACCAGGGACACAUGGGCACGCCCGAGCAGAGCGCCAUGCUCCCGCAGCUUAACACGCCCAGCCGUGGCAGGCUUAGCAAUGACUUGAAUAUGGUGGGCGACACCACAGGGGACACACUCGAGAAGUUUGUUGAAGGAUUGUAGCAUUUUGUGACGAGACUUGUUUGGUUUUCUCGGUUUUCCACAAACAACUUUUUGUACUGACUGCUAUGUAAAGAGAUGAGGCCUAAGGACUGUGAACCUUUCCUUAAACCAAGGGACAGCUAUUUCUUCCAACAAAACGGAGGGAUUUGAAUAAUUAUUGCUGUUUAAAGAGGAGAAUGGGGGGGGGGGAAACACAUAUUUUGGGGUUCAGACCAGCCAUGAAAAUAAUUUUGUUUUCAUUUGUAUUAUUUUUUUUACGUCUCUGGUAUGGACUUUUUUUAAUGACACCUUCUCAUAACAAGUCUUUCAUUUUAUUUUUCAAUGUUUUUAUUUUGUACCUUUGCAAAAAAAAUCAUAGCGUUUUUGUGUUGAGAAGAUUGUAAAAUAGUUUUGUCUGAACCUUUUGUGCCAGGUUUUGCAUCUUUGCUCCCUCUUCAUUCCUGGCUAAUUUAUUAUUCUAAUGUAACAUUUUUCAAAAAGGGCACAUGCCUUUAGGUGAGACUUAUUUUCUUUCCGUACUGCAGAAGAGUCCUUGUGGGAUAUUAACGUAUUUGUAUAGAGCUAGGAACUAUCCCACACCCAAACACCACAUUCAGGUGUGAACAACUGACUCUCACAAAUGCUCCUUCAUCCACAGCUGCCGGAAUGUUCGUUUUCUACUGGCUUGGAACCAGUAUUUCUGUCCUCAAGAUGUUGGACAUCUUUGUUGCUUUGUUUAUCCUUCGAUCUGAAGUCUUGAUCCCCCCCGAACUUGGCGGUGGGGUGUACCUUUUGGACUGCUUGCUGAUUUGUGAUUGGAGAGCAUUCUGUGCAUCUUUUUUUCCUCUUGCAUUAAACUUGAAUUGAGGUGAAACUGUUCACUGUUGUAAAUCAUGCAGGUUGACAAUGUAAAUAUGCAGAAAAAGAAGAAUGAAUCACUGUACAAACUGGUUAAAAAUGACUCAUUUCGUACUUAUAUACCAUAUUGUUAAAUAAACUGUGUGCAAACAGACAA